AAAUAAUUAUUGCGAUAAACCAAAACAAAAGCAUUUUUUGUUCGCCCCUUUCUUAAGAAUACUUUAUUUAUACUUUUUGAAGCGAAUUUUUACGAAUAAUUUAACCGAAAAACCGAAAAUGAUUGACGAAAGUGAAGUGAUAAUUGAUGAAAGUCGAAAAAAUAAUUUUUUAUCGUUAAAAGAUAAGGCUGAGAUUCUACAGCGACUGGAACAAGGUGAUCUAGCAUCAAAUUUGGCGCGUGAAUAUGGCAUAUCAAAAUCGACAAUUUCACGUUUCAAAAAGCGAAAAGAGACAAUUCACAAAGCAGUCACCACAAUCUAUCCAAAUAACACGGAUAGACGGACUAUGCGUGGCACAUUCCAUCCGAAAAUGGAACAGGCACUCUACAAAUGGUAUUUGGAGCAAUGCAGUCAAAAUGUUUCAAUUUCAACGGCAAUGCUACGUAGCCAAGCCCAAAUUUUUUAUAAUCAAUUCCAAGAAAGUCACUACACAUUUUCAGCCAGCACCGGUUGGAUAAAAAAUUUCAAGAAACGUUUUGGUAUCGAUCGUCUCAACGGUGAUAAAGCGACGGGGCAACGCAAACGAAAAUCAACCGAUACGGACAAUACAAUUAAAUGUCAAACCAUUGAAUAUUUAAUUGAAACGUCGCCAGAUUGUGAGGAAAAUUGUACGCCGCAAAUAACAUGCACCAUAAAACCAAAGACUGACAUUAUUGAAGAAGACUAUGUUGACGACAACGAAGCAUAUCGAUGUUUGGAAACUGUGAUAAAAUGGUCAAUGCAACGUGGAAUGGACACACUUUAUUUGACAAUGUUGCGAAAUCUCAAAUCUAAAGCUCUUAAAGAAAAAAAACUACGAAAAAAUUGUACAUAGAUCGGAAUAGACGAAUUUUAAUAGACGACAACUCGAUGCGAACGUAAACUAUGUUCACAUAUACAAUUUAAAUAAGUUUUAAUUAAUUUAAUAAAUUCGAGAUUUUGUGCAUAACAAUUGAUUGUAUGAUUUCGUUGAAAAAUAACUUGAAAAUAUAAUGGAAUGGGAAAAAAUGUUGCGAAAACAUAAUAAGACUUUUGAUGUAUUGCCGUAUAUGCUUCGAAUUUGCUUCUCCCUCUCACCACACAACCACAUAUGAUUCUAACUGUGCAAAUGUGAAUCGAAAUGAUAAUCUCUUUG